AUGCGGGAUUACGAUGAAGUGACUGCUUUCCUGGGAGAAUGGGGACCGUACCAGAGACUUAUCUUCUUUCUUUUGAGUGUCAGCAUUUUACCCAACGGUUUCUGCGGACUUUCCAUAGUUUUCGUCGGAGAUGUACCUGAGCAUCGCUGCCUCGUUCCCGGGAACCUUAAUCUCAGCGAUGCGUGGAGGGACAGGACGAUCCCCCUGGUAGAAGGGGCUCAACAACAGCACAGCAAGUGCACUCGGUACCGGCUGGACGUGAUACUGAACCUUUCGCAGACAUUCCCCGACCCAGACUUCCUCAACUUGUCUGAGAUCGAACAGGAACCGUGUCUGGAUGGAUGGGAGUACAGUAAGGAGCAGUACAUCUCCACUAUCGUCACCGAGUGGGACUUGGUGUGUAACAAUGACUGGAAAGGACCUUUUUCUAUGUCAGUGUUCUUCCUGGGAGUGCUGGUUGGCACCUUUAUCGCUGGCCAGUUGUCAGACAGGUUUGGGCGGAAGGCUGUUUGGUUUGGAACCAUGGCUGUACAGACUGGAUUCACCAUGAUUCAGGUGUUCUCUCCAAACUGGGAAAUAUUUUGCCUUCUUAAUUUUUUUGUGGGUAUUGGACAGAUUUCAAACUAUGUAGCUGCCUUUGUUAUUGGAUCUGAAGUUCUUGGGAAAUCUAUUCGGGUUAUUUACUCUACACUAGGACUCUGUAUUUCUUAUGCAAUUGGCUACAUGUUCCUACCUUUGAUCGCAUACUUCAUACGAAGCUGGUGGAUGUUACUGUUUGCCUUGUCUCUUCCAGGACUACUCUACAUUCCUCUAUGGUGGUUUGUGCCUGAAUCUCCACGCUGGCUAUUAUUCAAAGGACGGAUACAGGAGGCUGAAGCAAUAAUCCAACACAUUGCUAAGAAAAAUGGCAUAACUCCACCAGCCAUACUCUUCAGUGACCUUGAGCUUGAAGAAAUGAAGGUUAAAAGUGUGAUAUCUCAUACAAUUAUUCACUUGGUGAAAACAAGUAAUAUCCGAGCCAUCACGAUUAUAAACUUCCUAGUAUGGAUGAUUCUAUCAAUCGAAUACUAUGGUCUAUCUUUGAACACACCAAAUCUCAAUGGCGAUGCCUACUUGAACUGUUUCUUCUCUGCUGCCAUUGAAGUUCCAGCCUACACAGUAACUUGGCUUCUUCUCCAGAGAUUUACCCGCAGAUUCUGCCUUUCAGGCGCACUUUUCCUUGGAGGCAGCGUUCUUUUUUUCAUCCAUCUUGUACCGUCAGAUCUUUCAGUACUUACCACAACACUUGUUAUGGUUGGAAAAUUUGUUAUUACUUCUUCCUUCUCUAUGGUUUAUGUCUAUACUGCUGAGCUCUACCCAACUGUGGUAAGAAACAUGGGUGUCGGAGUGAGCACAAUGGCCUCCAGGACAGGCAGUAUCAUCUCACCCUAUUUUGUUUAUCUUGGUGCUUAUAAUGAACUUCUGCCCUUCAUGUUAAUGGGAAGUUUAACAAUCCUGUCAGCAGUUCUAGUCUUGUUUCUGCCUGAAACAAUCAAUAAACCUCUUCUGGAAACCAUUGACCAGAUGCAGAAUAUCAAGUGCUUCAAAUGUAGAACUCAUUGCACCAAUCAAGACAGUUCGGAUAAAAAUGAAACAGUUGAAAAAUGGGAUGGUCAUUAUGAAGCAAAAGAUUUGACCUAG